AUGAUGGUGCAUUGUGCCGGCUGCGAGCGGCCCAUCCUGGACCGGUUUCUGCUCAACGUCCUGGACCGCGCGUGGCACAUCAAGUGUGUUCAGUGUUGCGAGUGCAAAUGUAACCUCACCGAGAAGUGUUUCUCGCGGGAAGGGAAACUCUACUGCAAGAACGACUUCUUCAGGCGGUUUGGCACCAAAUGUGCUGGGUGUGCGCAAGGCAUCUCUCCCAGUGACCUGGUUCGGAAGGCCCGAAGCAAAGUAUUCCACCUCAACUGCUUCACCUGCAUGGUCUGCAACAAGCAGCUGUCCACGGGCGAGGAACUCUAUAUUAUAGAUGAGAACAAAUUUGUUUGCAAAGAGGACUAUUUGAACUCGCCCAGUGUCAAGGAAGGCAGCCUCAACUCAGUGUCAUCCUGUACGGACCGAAGUUUGUCUCCAGACCUGCAGGACCCUCUCCAGGACGACCCCAAAGAGACCGACAACUCAACGUCGUCCGACAAGGAAACCACAAACAACGAGAACGAGGAGCAGAACUCUGGCACCAAGAGGCGGGGGCCGCGCACCACCAUCAAGGCCAAGCAGCUGGAAACGCUCAAGGCCGCCUUCGCCGCCACACCCAAGCCCACGCGCCACAUCCGCGAGCAGCUGGCGCAAGAGACGGGCCUCAACAUGCGGGUCAUCCAGGUCUGGUUCCAGAACCGUCGGUCCAAGGAGCGCAGGAUGAAGCAGCUGAGCGCUCUUGGUGCGCGGAGACACGCUUUCUUCAGGAGUCCUCGGCGCAUGCGUCCACUAGGUGGCCGGCUGGAUGAGUCGGAGAUGCUGGGGUCCACGCCCUACACUUACUAUGGAGAUUACCAAGGAGACUAUUACGGCCCUGGAGGAAACUACGACUUCUUCCCGCACGCCCCGCCGUCACAGGCGCAGUCGCCCGCAGACUCCAGCUACUUACCGAACUCAGGGCCUGGCUCCACCCCGCUGGGGCCCCUGGAGCCGCCCCUCCCGGGGCACCACUCUUCAGAAAACCAAAGGUACACGGAUAUGAUCUCUCACCCGGACACGCCGAGCCCUGAGCCUGGCAUGACUGGCUCUCUGCACCCCAUCCCGGGCGAAGUCUUCACCGGGGGGCCCAGUCCGCCUUUCUCUAUGUCCAGCAAUAGCGGUUACAGCGGGCCACUGUCACAUCCCAACCAGGAGCUGAAUGAGGCUGCCGUGUGGUAA